GGUGCAGACACAGACAUAUCUUUCCAUAUCUUUUAGGAGAGAGAAUGAAGAAGGGUGUGUGGGAGAAACGAUAUGAGCGGUGUCUCAUCUGCUCCUACUGUAACUCGAGAAUUUGCCGCCGUAAACAGUCCCGCACCCCCCAAAACCCCAAUCGCUGGUUCUACACUUGCCCCCAUGACAAGAAGUUUAACAAGUGGGAAGACGAAGUCAAGCCCCAUGAAUGGAUCCUCGUGCCUUACUGCGGCGGCUGCGGCGCCGGACUUUGCCGGGUCAAGAGGGUUAUUUCCGGAUCCUCUCCGGCUGGUCGGAUCAUGUUCCUCUGCAGAAUCAAGGAGGGAGAAGGUUCUUGUGGAUAUAGAGUUUGGCAAGACGAGCUAGCAGCGAUGGAAGCUCGUGAGGUGGAGGAAAAGAAGAAGAGGGAAGCUGAGGCAGUUGAAGCCAUGAUCAACAACCAGAAUCAACUUAAUGUUUUGCGAGAGCAUAUCUCUUCUACCAAGGACCGGCUCUUCCAAAUCGAAGCCGAGGUGUCUUGUUGUGAGGUUGAGAUGAGACUUUUGAAGCUUCAGCUAGAGAAAUUGUCUAAAAAUAAGGAGGUGUUGGAGGGCAAACAUUUGAUGACAUCUAAGGAACUGGAACAGUCUCAGAAACUACUCGAGGAGAAGGAAGCAGAACAAAGUGCUGCAUUUGACAGAGCAAGAGCGUCGCUUUUAGGAUAGAAUUGUACCUGCGUUUAUCUAGUUCGUUUUCUUGUAUUGUAGUAUAUCCAACAUUCAACAAUUAUUAGGACGUCUAAACCCUAAACCCUAAACCCUCUCUUUGUAAUAUACUCCCCAGUUCGCUUUCUUGUAAUAUAGUACUAGUAUCUAACAUUUGAUCA